AUGCUUCUUUCAUUGUUUUCUUUUCUUGCUUUUUGUUACUUUUCCUUCCUUCCUUGUCUACUUACUUCCUUCCUUCCUUCUUUCUUUCUUUCUUUCAUUCUUCUAUUGUGUCUUUGUUUUUCUUUUCCUUUUUUCUUUGUUUUCACUUUUCUUUCGUCUCCUUUUUUUUCUUUGUUUUCUUUUCUUGAUUUCUGUUUUUUCUUCUUUCUUUCUUUUUUUCUUCUUUCUUUCUUUUUUUCUUUCUUUCUUUCUUUCCUUUUCCUUCUUUCUUUCUUUCUUUCUGUCUUUCUUUCCUUCUUUCUUCAAUUUUUUUUUCUUUUUUGUUUUCACUUUUCUUUUGUCAGGUUUCUUUGUUUUCUUUUCUUGUUUUUCUUACUCUUCCUUCCUUUCUUCCUUCCUUUCUUCCUUCUAUUUUUCUUUCUUUUUUUUCCUUUUUUAUUUGUUUUCAUUUUUCUUUCUCCACAUUUUCUUUCUUUCUUUUUCUCUUUUCUCUUUCUCCCUUUAUUUUUUUCUUUCUUCAUCUACUUUUAUUCCAUUUUCGUUUCAUUUUUUCUUUGUUUCCUGUUUUCUUUCGUUCCCGUUUCUUUCUUUUUCUUUUUUUCGCUUCCUGUUACAUUCCAUUCUUUCUUUCUUUCUUUCUUUCUUUCUUUCUUUCUUUCUUUCUUUUUAUUUAUUUUUUCUUUCUUUUUUUAUUUAUUUUUUCUUUCUUUCUUUCUUUUCAUUUAUUUUUUCUUUCUUUCUUUUUAUUUAUUCUUUCUUUCUUUCUUUCUUUCUUUCUUUCUUGUUAUUUAUUUUUUCUUUCUUUCUUUCGUUUAUUCUUUCUAG